AUGGAGGUCCCGCUUAUUGCGGCGCUGCUGCUGCUGCUGUUGUGCGCGCGGCGCGCGGUCUCGGAGCAGCGCGCGGUCCGGUUCGAGAUGCGCGAGGAACUGCGUCCGCCCGCGCGCAUCGGUUCUCUCUCCAACGCCACUGCCGGCGCGCGCACCACCUCCUUCAGGCUCGUGAGCGCAGCACUGCCGUUCCUGCGCGUGUCCGAGAGUGACGGUGCGCUCAUGUUGACGGAGCGCGUGGACCGAGAGGCGCUGUGCAAGAGGAGCGCACGUUGCGUCCUUGCGCUGGACGUGGCGCUCGUGUCGGGCGAGCGUUUCGAGCUGCUGCGCGUGGAGGUGGAGGUGCUGGACGUGAACGACCACGCCCCCGCGUUUCCGAGCGCGGAGCUCGCGCUGGAAGUUUCUGAGGCUGCCCCGCUGGGCACACGGCUGCCCGUAGACCCUGCCCACGAUCCAGACUCGGGCACCAACUCAGUCCAGAGCUACCGUCUGUCGGCCAGCGGGCACUUCGCCGUGGAGACUGUGACCCGGGUGGACGGGGUGCGGUACGCGGAGCUGGUGCUGGUCAGGCCGCUGGACCGCGAAAUGCAGGAUGUACAUGUGCUGCAGCUGGAGGCGGCAGAUGGUGGCCGGCCACCCCGCACUGGCUCCACCAACCUUACGGUCAGGGUGUUGGACUCCAAUGACAACAGCCCGGCCUUCGAGCGCCCACUGUACACGGUGGAGCUGCCUGAGGAUGCAGUACCUGGCCACCUGCUGCUGCAACUGCACGCCACUGACCCGGACCAGGGUCCAAAUGGUCAGGUGGUGUUCGACUUCAGCAAGCAGGCGGGCACAGAGGUGCGGCGGCUUUUCCGGCUGGACCGGCGCUCGGGUCGCAUGACGCUAGGCAGCACUGUCGACUUCGAGGAGCAGGUGGCAUAUGAGAUUGAUGUCCAGGCAGCCGAUUUGGGCGCCAUCCCAGCGCCGCCCACCACCUGCAAAGUCAUCGUCCGUCUGCAGGACGUCAACGAUAACCGGCCCGAAGUCAGUGUGGCUCCAGUGGCCCCAGCGCCAGACGGUGCAGCACGGGUCAGUGAGGGGGCAGGACCUGAUGCAUUGGUCGCCGUGGUGACCAUCUCUGACCGAGACAGUGGCGACAAUGGGCGUGUGGCCUGCACCCUGCAGGGGGCACAUGGGCACUUCCGACUGCGCCGCGCCUAUGAGGGAAGUUACGCCAUAGUGACCGUAGGAGGGCUGGACAGGGAAAAGAUUGCCCAGUACAACUUGAGUGUGGUGGCUGAGGACUUCGGCUCACCACCCCUGCGCACCGUGGUCCAGUACACCAUCAAGGUAACGGACGUCAACGACAACGCUCCAGUUUUUGGCGCCAAAGCAUAUGAGGGCUUCAUAGAGGAGAACCAGCUGCCUGGAACGUACAUCACCACGGUGGUAGCCAGUGAUCCAGACAUUGGCCUAAACGGGGAAGUGACCUAUGAUCUCCUGGACAGCGACACCGAUGCACCGUCCCGCUUCGCCAUCAUGAACCAGGCAGGACAUGUGUAUGCACUGCAGAGCUUCAACCACGAGGUCACCCCCAGGUUGGAGCUUCGUGUCCAGGCAAGCGACCGAGGGUGGCCACAGCUCAAGAGCAGUGCUGUCCUGGUGGUCAAUGUGGUUGACCAGAAUGACAACGCUCCAGCCGUGACACAGCCUGUCCUGCAGAACGGAUCGGCUGAGGUUCUGCUGCCCAGGGAUGCCGGGCCAGGGUAUGUAGUCACUCGCAUCAAGGCAAGGGAUGCCGACUCAGGUUCCAAUGCCCAGCUGACCUACAGACUGGCUGAAGGCGCGGAUUCUGGGUUUUCCAUUGACCAGGACACAGGGGAGAUAUACAUGAGCCGGAAGGUCAGUUACGACAUGGAUGAGGAGCCAAGAGUGACCGUCACUGUGAACGACAACGGGAUCCCAUCACUCACUUCAACAGCAACCAUCCGCUUCGCCCUCACCGAGAGCGCCCCAUCCAACGACAACUACUACAGCGAUGGAGAGCGGGAGGACCCUGGGCGCUGGGCUGCAUUCAUCCUCGUCUUCACCCUGACUGGCUCCUCUGUCCUGCUGCUCGCUGGUGUCUCCGCAUAUUUCUUCUGCACCCGUAAAAAGAGCCGGAAGAGAGCAGCAGCGGAGACGACGGACCCGGCAGACCGACCCUACACAGAGAAGGAAAACAACGUCGUCUCACUCAUAUCCAACCAGACGGCCAACGUGUUCGACUCUCACACACUGACCGGCAGGGUCACUACAGGAUCGGCGGAAAUGAUACACAACAGUGUGGAGGCGAGCUCGGACGGCGUCGAGGCCACAAUUCUCUACAAAUCAAAAUACAGGACUGGUGUUGGUCAAAUGGACGGCUACUCCACGCUGCCCGGCUACGGCAAAGAGAGCACACGGCCGGUUACGGUGUGGAAGGGAAACUCCAUGGUGACCGUUGCUGCCCGUGACCCGCACAUUAGCGGCAAGGACAGCGGGAAAGGGGACAGUGACAUCAAUGACAGCGACUCGGACAUAAGCGGAGAAGGAGCCAAAAAGGACUACUCAUCUUACAAAGGUCUCUGGGCGUGUACCAGCGAGUGCCGAAUCCUGGGUCACUCAGACAGAUGCUGGAGUCCGUCAGCCGCUCGGCCCAGCGGCGCCCGACACCUGUCCACCUUCUCCAGGGCGGCACCGUCCCCACUCAACAGCCGGCAAGGACCCGUCUACUACGAGAGCCAAACAUCCAGGACGGCGGCCCUGCAGAGCGUGGCAGAGAGCCGGCAAAGCCAGUGCGACUACAUCCACAUCUGCUCUCCACAGCCGCAGAGGAGAAAGGACAGCGAGGAAAUGGAAGCGUUCACGCACUCGACAAAGCCCAUCCCAGCGAACAGUCCCGGGAGGUUCGCGGACGCAUGACUAUGCUAGGUGUUGUGGUCUGUGGUCAGUGUUUGUAUCCUGGGCUGAACACAAGGCAUUUUGUACAUAGAGAGUAUAUUUUUUACCGACGGUAUAUGAACUUUUAAUGUUUUGGUAUUUUUCAUGGCAUGUUUUAGCUAGAACACAACCCCAGUUCCAGUCGACCUCGAUACGUCACGUGGGUGACAUCGUAUUAAUAAAUGUGAUUGUAUUUGUAUUACAUUUGGUCACUGUGUUUCAGAAAUAAAGAUUUUC